AUGCCAGCCAACCCCCUUAACCUCGUAUUCGUCGCUGCUGAGGUUGCGCCCUGGAGCAAGACGGGCGGCCUGGGCGACGUGGUCGGCGGCCUGCCGAUUGAGCUGGCUAAGCGCGGCCACAUCGUCCUGACCAUCGCCCCCCGUUACGACCAGUAUUCUGACGGCUGGGACACCUCCGUCACCAUCAACAUCGAGGGCGAGCCCGUCAGGUUCUUCCACGCCAUCAAGAAGGGCGUCCACCGCGUCUUCGUCGACCACCCCUGGUUCCUGGCCAAGGUGUGGGGCAAGACCGGGGCCAAGCUCUACGGCAGCCGCACGGGCGCUGACUACCUUGACAACCACAAGCGCUUCGCCCUCUUCUGCCGCGCCGCCAUUGAGGCCGUGAGGGUGCUGCCCUUUGGCCCGGGGGAGGACGUCACGUUCAUUGCCAACGACUGGCACAGCUCCCUGGUGCCCCUGCUGAUCAAGGACGUGUACCAGCCGCGCGGCGAGUUCACGCAGGCCAAGACGGCCCUGUGCAUCCACAACAUCGCGUUCCAGGGCCGCUUCUGGCCCGAGACCUUCCAGGACCUGGGCCUGCCCCAGAGCAGCCUGGACAGCCUGAGCUUCACCGACGGCUACGAUAGGGUGUUCAACGAGCAGGAGCCGCUGGAGGAGGACGAGGUGACCCCUCUCAGGGGGAAGGGCACCUUCAGCAAGAUCAACUGGCUCAAGGCGGGCCUGCUCACAGCUGACAAGGUCCUGACGGUCAGCCCCAACUACGCCCAGGAGAUCAGCACCGGCGUCGACACGGGGGUGGAGCUGGAUGACGUCAUCCGCGAGGUUGGUGGUGCAGAGGGCAUUGUCAAUGGGAUGGACCUGGAGGAGUGGGACCCCGCGCGCGACAAGUACCUGACAGUGCCAUACGACGAGAAGAGCGUCAUUGAGGGCAAGGCGGCCGCCAAGGCCAAGCUGCAGGCUGAGAUGGGGCUGCCCGUGGACCCCUCGGUGCCACUCUUUGGCUAUAUCGGGCGCCUCGAGGAGCAGAAGGGCACCGACAUCCUGCUGGAGGCGCUGCCCAAGAUCACCGCCGCAGGCGGCGUGCAGGUGGCCAUCCUGGGGACAGGCAAGGCCAAGUACGAGGCCAAGGUCAAGGCCGCGAGCAAGCUCCCGGGUGUGAAGGGUGUGGUGAAGUUCAGCGCCCCCCUGGCCCACCUCAUCACAGCGGGCGCCGACUUCAUCCUGGUGCCCAGCCGCUUUGAGCCCUGCGGCCUCAUCCACAUUUGCAAAGCGAAUGGUCGCUGA